AUGUUAAAAAAAACCAAUACAACUAUUUUAGCUACAUCUAAUGAUAUCAUAACCAAUAAUGAUACAUUUAAUAAUUCUUCAAGUGAUGCACAAAAAAAAGCUGAAUAUUAUUAUGAAAAG